GUGGUUCUCCUUGGGUCAGCUCCAGCCUGCUGUAGUUGGAUUUCAGACCUCCCCCUGUGCUUCCAGCAAACACCCUCAUUGGUGUGGAUGUUCUUUCGCCCAAGCCUGGCAGAGAUAUCAGAGAGACCUGGAGCUUCUGGUGCUGCCUCCAAGCCACUGCUAUAAAGGAUAAAUGACCAUACCACUUAUGCAUAACUGGAUCCCAGUCAACCAUGAGGAUUAUCUCCUGUCAAUCGACCCUUGUGGCUGUAGUUGUGGUUACACUCACUGUGGUGUUGUGCACUGAAGCUAAGACUACACAGAAGCCAAAGUACCAGUACACCAAGAAGCCUGUCCCUCAGAUCACCGUGCACAGCCCUGUGACUACCAGCGUACCCAAGACUGUCAAGAUAGUGCCCAGCGCAAAUCCUGUGGAGCCCCAUCCUCUGCCCACCACAGGGAGGGCCACCUAUCAAAAUCACGUCUACUCACAGUACCUCACCGAGAGCACCGAGCCCCCUGGUGCUGGCUCUGAGAAUUACACUCUAGAUUACAACGAGUGCUACUUCAACUUCUGUGACUGCUGUCCGCCUGAGAGAGGCCCCAGAGGGCCAAAGGGAAACAUAGGCCAGGCAGGGCCACCGGGUGAAAGAGGCUUUACAGGAGCAGCUGGUUUACCUGGACCACCAGGACUGAGUGGUCCUAUGGGGUUAAGAGGAGAAAGAGGGGAUAAAGGUGACCGAGGAAACAGUGGGACAGGCGGGCCAUCAGGAAUCCCAGGGAAACCAGGACAAAAAGGUGAUGUUGGCUCAAAAGGCGAGAAAGGUGAAAUAGGAUUGCAAGGUGUCAACGGUGGCAGAGGGGUGAAAGGGGAAACUGGACAGAAUGGGACCGCUGGUGAGAAAGGAGAACUGGGAAAAGAGGGUCCAGCUGGACCUCCAGGACUGACUGUUGAGAAUGGUCCUAAAGGAGAAAAGGGGGAUAGAGGCGAGUGUGGCACAUUCGGAGAGAGAGGACAGAAAGGUGAUCGAGGGGAUACCGGCUCUCCUGGCAUCCCAGGAGGGAUGGGCAUUCCAGGAAUGAACGGCAAGCAUGGUUCCCCAGGUCCUGAAGGCAUCCGAGGAGAUCAGGGACCCCUUGGACCGCAAGGAGAACCGGGGUUUAGAGGACUUCAGGGACCACAAGGCAUAAGAGGGCCGCUUGGGCCAAAAGGGGACAGAGGUUACCAUGGAAUGAGAGGUGAUCGGGGCUUUCGAGGAAUGAAAGGAACUAAGGGAUCAGGGGUUCAGAAACGCUCAGCCUUCAGUGUGGGUAUCUCUCCAAGAAAGUCCUUCCCUCCCUCUGGCUUCCCCAUCCGCUUCGACAAAGUCUUCUACAACGAAGAGAGCCACUUCAAUGUCACUUCCAACAGCUUCACAUGUGUCUACGCCGGGGUUUACGUCUUCUCCUUCCACAUCACCGUACGCAAUCAGCCACUGAGAGCCACACUGGUAGUGAAUGGGUCACGGCGUGUAAGGACGCGGGACUCUCUGUAUGGUCAAGACAUCGACCAGGCGUCCACUCUGGUGGUGCUGCGGCUGGCGGUGGGUGAUCAGGUGUGGAUGGAGACGUUCAGAGACUGGAAUGGGGCGUAUGCCAGCAGUGAGGAUGACAGCAUCUUCUCUGGAUUCCUGCUUUACUCAGAUUUGGUCUGAUCCUCUACUGAAAAUAUCUUAUUCUACAGGACCAACUUGAUCCCUGAAAAAGGA